GGCUUUCUCCGCAGUCACGGAACCUGCGGCCCGGGAGGGAUUUCUCCGCAGUCAGGGUCGGGUCGCCGGCGCGAGAGGUCGUCGCGGUACGAGCGAUUUGUUCCGAGGUAACCUUGUUACGAUGCUCAGAUUUCUCACUUAAAUUUGUAUGAAGAACUUUGGUUACACAUUAUCCGGGGAUCUUCGUGAGCUUAUAAGUGCUGAUUUCAGCUACAUUGAUCUUUAAUCAACUGUAAUAAUCUUAUUGUGUUAACAAAACAUUCAAAAACGCGCUGAUUCGGCAGCGGUAAACUUAUUUCUUUCCUGCCACGUGUGUUAACCUUGUUUACAAUGAAACAUAGAAACUUGAAGUCGGAAACCAUCUUUGGUUAUAAAAAAAUUGAAGUAUUAUGAGUUUAAGAAGAAUAAUUCCUGUAUUUUAUUAAUAUUUCUUAAUGAUUUUUAGGCGUUUAAAUUAAAUAACAUUUAAUUUAUUCGAAAUUUAAACUAAUACAAAUUUUUGUAUACCUAAAAUCAUACGAACUGAAAAUCUAACGUCGGCACACAGGCGAAGGAACGUACCGUAAUUCUCGUGCCAGCAAGCCACCAUCUGUGACGCGCCCACGCCCCUAAGUGUAGUGUGGAGGGGGUGAGUUGCGCACCUUCCACCCGGUGCACGGUGCGCCCGCUCGCCUAAACCACCCCCGGCCCCCGGCGCUGCUAUCGAUCGCGUAGCCCCCAGUAGCCGCCGAAAACAGCCGUGCGCAUCUCCACCCCCCACCCUAGCCCUUCCCGCUGGAGCGCCGCAGUGCGUGUGUUCGUACGCUCGCGAGCCCGCCUAGGGCUGUCCCAGGGGGCAGGGACACGCCAACUUCGGACCUUUUACCAUGCAAGGGUCCCGGGAGAAGGCUACUACAAAUACGCCACUGAAUCUCUGAGGACGCAGAAGACAAAAGGCACCUGAAAAUUUACUGCAAAUCAAAGGAGAUAUAACAACGAAAACGAACUUAGGUAGAAGAAGAAACAAUGGCAGUCUACAACAAGACCACGUCCUCUUAUUGGGACUACUUAUUCGUGGACUUGGCUGAUCCCAGGACGAACGACUGGUUCCUGAUACGCAGCCCGCUGCCCGGCCUGGCGAUAAUCGCCUCAUACAUCUACUUCGUGGUGUCGCUGGGGCCCAGGUUCAUGAAGGACCGCAAGCCGUUCAAAAUCACCAAGAUCCUGAUCGUGUACAACUUCCUGCAGGUCGUGGUCAGCAUCUAUCUGUUCUGCGAGGGUCUGGAUGGUGCCUGGCUCACAAAGUACAAUUGGAAGUGCGAACCAGUGGAUUUUUCAACUUCACCAGAGGCCAUAAGGGUUGCCCAAGGAGUCUAUGUGUACUUUAUUGCAAAACUGACCGAGCUACUUGAUACAGUGUUCUUCGUGUUGAGGAAGAAAGACAGCCAGAUCACCUUCUUGCACAUGUAUCACCACACGGUGAUGCCACUUAUUUCUUGGGGCGCAACAAAGUACUACCCAGGCGGCCACGGUACCUUCAUCGGCGUCAUCAACUCCUUCGUGCACAUCAUCAUGUACUUCUAUUACCUGAUGGCGGCCAUGGGCCCGCAGUAUCAUAAGUACCUCUGGUGGAAGAAGUAUAUCACCACGCUGCAGAUGACGCAGUUUUGCAUCGCAUUCCUGCACUCUUCCCAGCUGGUGUUGUACGACUGCGGCUUCCCUCGCUGGUCGGUGUUCUUCACCCUGCCGAACGCCAUCUUCUUCUACUACCUGUUCAGUGACUUCUACUGCAGGGAGUACGAGAAACCCAGAACCAAGAAGGACAUCGCGCUAAGCAGGAGGUCGUCCUGACGCGCGUCCUUCGGCGGUUGAACCGAUCACGGGGGUAUCGUCACGUCUACGGGUGACAGCGCUCUUUGCCGCCGACGUCCGGUCGGGAAUCAGACGACGAGGUCACGGUUGUCCAUUCGAUUGGACUCCAUCCGUUUGCCAGCACUUCUGCUAAAAAGAACACAAAAACAAGAGCACUGCGAGUGAUAAAGUGAAAAAUUGGUAAUAACCUACAUAAAGGCAAAGCCAUUAAUUGCGUGUAACAAGUGAAAUAACUAUUAGGGUGUGGUUAUAGAUAUUUAUGAAUAUAUAUUAAGUUAAUAAAUACGAAAAAAUUGGCUCAAUUUACAAAACAAUCGGAUGCAACUCUUGUUAAUAAAACUUUCUAAAAUUAAAAUUUUACCCUUCCACAGUGAAAUAAUUUAUGAUUACUUUUCAUAGAAUAAUACAAAAAAGCUAAAUAGGCCUAUAAAGAGGGAAAGGUUGGUCGUAUUCCAACAGAAUAAAUAAACUUCUCUGCCACCUGGGUACGGAUUGAAAACUAACACUAUCUUACUCAUAAGAAUAUCACCAUUUGAGCUUGUUCUCGCAACUGGUACAGAAAUUAAAAAGUCUUUAUUAAAGAAUGUUGUAAACUAUGGUGUUAUGAAUAUGGUUAUGUAUAUAGACGUAGAACCCAGUGGAGAGGGGUAGAAAGGGUUCGGGUUCCCCCUUGGAAUCAAAAAGCCCCUCUCUGAGGGGGCCUGUCUACGGUUGAAAAAUCGUAACUGUGAGAUGGGAACGAUAAAAAUCUUUCCGCGGGCCCCUCGACCCCUGGGAAUCAUACAAAUGUUCACCAAUGGUUAUGCAAGUGAAGGUUUUAUUAUAAUUCAACUUUUGUGGCUGGAAUCACUCAUUUACCGAAAUAUGCUGAAAAUCGUAAGCAUGUACACGAAGAUGGUCGAUCUUCCAAACCGUUUAUACAUUCUCUUCAAAUUGCCACACUCGAUUUCUUGCCAUUCAUGGUUUCUUACAUAGAUAUAUGUUAAAAGUCACAAUAACUUUGGGGCUGUAUGGUUGCUUGUGUUAAUGAUCUAACGACAAUUGGAAACCACGCCAGAGAGCAUUUUAAUACCAGAGACUAUUUCAUAACGAUUUUACAGAUUCCCCCACACGAAAAUUAUGUCACCAUUUAUAAAUUUUCAUUGUCAUUGCAGGUUUAUAUUCCAUUAAUAAUAUUAGUUCCCAUACGCUACAAGCAGGAUAUUGUAAAUUGUAUUUUCAUAAAUGUGGGAAUAUAUUGUCAAUGUUUUUUUUUAUCUGCUUUUAUAAAUACAUGAACCACUCUGAAGCACGUAAGUAAGUUUUUAUCUCUUUAUUAAAGUAAUGUUUAAAUAUGUUGCCUUGAAACUCGUACUGGCAUUUACAUUUCUAAUAAUGUCCAUUAUCAACCCAAGAAAAUUACACUACAUAAAAAAUAUUAUUCUUUGUUACAUUCUAAAAUAUCUUUUAAUGACAAUGCUGCAAUUUUCUAAAUAUUUCAACAAACCGUGACAUACGCCUGUUUCAUGAAGCAAUAAGUAGUUUAAAGAUUUAACCAAAUUGUUGUAAUUUGUAUUUUCAGCUCAGAACGUUUAUUUAAACCAUAUUAUGUAUAAAGUAUAAAAUUGAAGUACAAAUCUAAAUAACUUACGUGACAAUUUAGAAGAUUUCUAAUAAUUGUAAACCAUAAUUUUGUCAAUUUGUAAACCUUUAGGUCCACUUUCGUCACUGGUAUAGUUAUAACUUCUUAUAAGUAUGCCUAAGGUUAGUAUAAAAGUAUAUAUUAUAUUUAUUGCUUAACUACGCAUCAAACUAUAAAAAUUAGUUUGAUGUAGUUGCUAAUAAUUGUUAUCGGAAAUGCCUUAUAAAUUCUAUGUUAGAAAAAUACAAAUGUUUGAUUUUGUUAUUGGGUUAGAUUCAUUAAUAUAAAGUAUGGCUUUUGAUGAGCUCAAACUUCAAUUAUUUUGUAAGUUGGAUUUCAUAAUUUAAAAAAAAAAUAUUUCCACAAGAAGUUUGAUUUAUAUUUUGGUUAAAACUCAGUUUUGUACAAGCGAAAAUGUGACUUUUAAAUGUCAUUUUCUUGUGCAAUUUGGGUGUACGUAUACUAGAAGCCAAGCAUAAAUUUUGCUACCAGAAAGGGUUAAAUAAGUGAAUAAGUGGAACGCAUUGAAGAAAGCCAACGUAAGUUUAUAACUUAAAAAAUUCCUGUGAAACAAUUUUUGAACAUAUAAAAAAUCCUGACGAAGUAGAAUAGUUGUCUGUAAUGUAUUUUUUUUUGUGAAUGGAACAGAAAUAUCCAAUUAAAAAAAUUAUUUUUACAUUUUUACGUAUACAUACAUUUAUACAUAUAGAAAAAUAUACCCCUAUAAAAAAGUGUUCACAGUUAUACUGGGUUCAGAUUCUCACUGGGGUAUUUAUGCUUUGUGUUGUCCCAUUAACUCCAAUAGUUAUUUAUUUGUAAGCAAUUGCCUGAAUAGCUUUCCAGUAUUAACUGCGCACAUAAUAAGCAUGAUGAAACAAAAUGAACCAGAAUUGAUGAAUUAUCAUUCCAUGGUUCAAAAACAUUACGCUCGAUUUAAACAUCAAUCAAAAUAUAAAAUAAUGCGCCAAUUUCCGUAAGAAAUACUCAGUAUCAACUCGAAAAACGUAUUUAAUAUAUGCAAAAAUAACCAUAUCCAUGUGUUGUACAGAGUUAAAAUAUAUUUCUGUAGUAUUACAAACUGUAUCUUAGCGACUGGUCUCCAAAGGAAUAUUUGUUAAAGUACAGAAUCUUUUUCUUUGUGAUAACAAAAAUUGUACCUUUAUUAGAUAUUUACUGCCUCAAUUAAUAAAAAAAGAAUUCCACAGAUGGUAGCACCGUGUUUACAAAUUUCCAUUCCAAUCGACUUCCAUUCUAUUCACGAAAUUCACCAAAUGCCGUACACUGAGAGAUAAGAUGUUUACAUAUUAUUCAUUUACUAGCGACCCGCCCCGGCUUCUCACGGGUGCAAUGCAAUACACCCGUAAUACAUCAACUAUACUAUUUUACUUACUAUUCGUUUGACUAAAAACAAAAGAGAAUCAACAAAU